UCAACAAAGACAUAAUACCCAUCAUAUCGAAUCGACUCACAACAUAUAUCUGCGCUCUUGACUGAUCGCAUCAUCAUACAAUAUGAUGCAGAUGCUUGAUCACAAUACAUAUUCAUCAAGAACUCACCAACCUUACCCGUUCUUCUCUCAACAACACCUCGAUACCAACCCGAGUACAAAUACCCUUCCUACCAGGACGAACGGCUUCCACCACUCUACAUCUCUCUCGAACCUAGACACAGCUGCCGCCGCCAUCGCCGCAACACAAAGAUAUAGGACGACUACAACACCGUCUCAGCAGGGAUUUGACGGAGGAAACAGCAGCCAGAGUUUAAGCCAGGUUCCAGAUUUAAUGCCUUCGGAUUCGUGGGUUCUUCACAGCAACCAACAGACACCUAGGGCGACACAUCGCUUCAGCCAUCAGCGCGAGUCCUCCCUCUCGUCGCUAGGGUCCAACGGUCCGGCUUCACCAUAUAAUGCCAACACAUCGAAUCCGCAGAUCGCGGUUGCCGACUCGAGUAACGACGGGUAUCACGACAUAGGAGGUGGCGAAAACAACUAUGCUUACAACAUGGCAAAGUCACUGCCUCUAUCCGUCUCCUUUUACAGCAAUGGGUUGGCCAAUUUCAACACCAACAACCGCGAUGGCAACAACGCCGGCAACAACCACAACCAUAACAAUCGCGAUGCUUUCAAUCACCAGCAAAUGCCGCGCGACAUUACCUCGGCUGACAGCUUACCAAAUCUGACGAAUCAGCAACAUAAACUACGAAGUGACCGAGGCUUAGCACCGGCUCCUGACAUGUCGAUUGGUGGUUGUGGUAGUUCGUCUGGAAGGUCACAUCCCGUCUCGGUGGCAAGUUCAGUGGCAGGCGGUGACUCACCAGCUACGCCAUCCUUCCACGAGCCAGAAGAUGACUGUCGAAGGUCACGGAAUGUUUUUCAAAACCAACAAGUUCCAAAAUUAGAUCGCACGAUGACCGAUAUCUACAACGACGAGCUAUAUAACCCAAACUUCACCAUCACAUCAGCUUCUCCGCCGCCACCCUCGCAGAUGGCAAUGUCGCCAACCAACGAGAUGUUUGCCCAGAGACUCCAAGCCGCCAAUAGCCAACGUUUGAGUGCUGUCCAGUCUCCCGUUUCAAGCGCGUCGCGAGAAGAUCAGUCGCCUUUUCGCCAUGGUUCUCCAUUUGCCUCUACUAUGAAUGAACUUCCCCAGGUUGGCAUGGACCAAAUGCGCUUUGGGUCUGCGCGACACAUUCAUCAACAGAGGAAGGCGGAACGAGAUGCGCAAGAGCUUCAACAACAGAUGGCACGCAACACUGCCCAGCAGCAAGGCACCCCAAAUACCAUCUCGCCAAAAGAUGCUAUGCUCGAUUUCAAUGAAUCAGAUGAUGGUUCGAACAUGCCGUUGUUCCCACCGCAGGAGUCAAACAACUACCACCUGGAGCCGGCAAACAAUGAAAACACAGCUACAGUCUCCGGGAACAUAUCUCAGCAAUCGAGCCCGUCUUUUCAUUCGGUGGCCUCUACUCCUAUACAUAGCGGAUUCAACUUCUCCAUGCCCAGCAACAUCCAGAUUCCGCAACAAUACCCGUUUGUUCAUCGAUCGCAGCAACAUCACUCAACACCUACGGCAUCGAACUAUUCGAGAGUGAGCUCGGCUGAAGUAAGCAAUUCUGAUGGUGGUGAUGGACCCACUCAAAAGCCCCCGGGGGUUAAUAUGGAUGGAGGUACAUACACUUGCACGUACCAUGGUUGUACCCUGCGCUUCGAGACACCAGCAUUACUACAAAAGCACAAGCGCGAGGGACAUCGGCAAGCAAAUGCAAUCAAUCACGUCAGAUCAUCCCCGUCGACGUCGACUGUCAUACCAGGUACGGUGCUGAACAGCCAGGCCGGACCACACAAGUGCGAGAGAAUCAACCCGAGCACAGGCAAGCCGUGUAAUACAAUAUUCUCCAGACCCUACGACCUCACGCGACACGAGGAUACGAUUCAUAACGCACGCAAGCAAAAGGUGCGUUGCAAUCUAUGCACGGAAGAGAAGACAUUCAGUCGAGCGGAUGCGCUCACAAGGCAUUACCGCGUCUGCCACCCGGAUGUCGAAUUCCCGGGCAAGCACCGUAGACGAGGUGGUGUUGGUGUGUGAGCUGGCGCUGGCGUAGGCGCACAAUGUGGUUCGCUGUUCUACUACAGUGGUACCCAUUGCUACUAUGCUAUCUAGUUUUUACUGGAAGGAUCUGGAAUAUUCAGAAACCGAAAGCAAAAGCAUGCACAAAAAAAAGCCAGAUGUGCCCAAUGCAUGGAUGCAAUGCAAAGCCGAGGUGUUCAGGCCCUACAGGCCCUACUACAAGGCUUUCCCCUAUUAGAGGGCCUAGUUGACAGGGUGGGG